UGUUUGUUUACUUUAACUUAUGUAGUCUGUAGGUUGGGUAUAGCAACUUUUGCAUCUAUUUCAUUCUGUUUUUAUUCAUGUAAAAAUCAGAAGCUGGGGAUGAUUACUUUUAUCAUAGAUCUUAUAAAAAUUUCAUCUCGUAAAAAAGCCAUUUCAAAUUACCAUUCUUGAAAAUUGAAUGAUGAUUUAAAAAGUACCAGAAAGCUAUAUUCAUUAAAAACGAAUGACUGUCGGAUUACUAAUUGUAUAUAAUACAAAUUAUUUAUAUUGUAUACAAUGAUAUGUAAUCCUUUGAUAUAAAGUGCCUUUUGUAAUCGAUACAUUUUAUUCUACGUUACCUGCUGCAUAAUUUCUAUUGAUAUUUACUUUUUGUUGAAGGAAUUUUUUAAAUCCAAACUACUGUUCGAAUGGUAUCAAAUGAAACCCAUAGUGAAAAGAAUGUAGAGAUAUGGCCUUUACCUACUGCUGCAAUAUUUUGUUUAGCUAUGAGUUUAUAUAUAAUCUUCCUCAUGAUUGGAUUAUUAAUCAGAAAAUGCCUUAUAGCUCAUGGCAUCUGCAAGAAUUGUUGCUCUUCUUUAAAACCAAACUCCAGCUGUUGCAAUUCAUGCAGUGAUUGUGCACAACAUUGUAACUGGAAAUUACCAACAGUGGAUAAUUGUCUGGAUGUCAUUUGUCCCUCUAAACAAAGAGUAAACUGUAUAGAGUUUCUUAUUUGUGACUGGGCAAAUGGGCAGUGUUGCAAUGAAAAUGGCACCUAUACGUGUGGAAGCGGUGACUGUGCCUUUACCUGUGAGACUCCAAAGUGUGAAAACAUAAAUUGCUUAUGUUGUGAGAUAUCGUUCCGAAAUGUUGCACCUAAUAAUUAAUAGUACAAUUUGUACAGUAUUUUCAACCAUCAUCAGUAUUUUUACAUUAUGGUAGCAUUUUAUAAAUUAUUUAUCACUAUAAGAAUAAAAAUAUAUAUUUA